AUGGAUAACAUAUGGGAUACCGUAUACGUGGGUUCAUUGAACGGUGCGCUGGACUUCACACAACUUACGCGACAUAACAUUCAGACAAUAGUGACUGUAAUGACGAAACCAAUACCCGACGGGUUUCACUACUCGGGCAUCACAUACCACUGGAUCAACGCUCGAGACCAUAAAGAUCAGCAUCUGUUGACAUACUUUCCCAAAGCCUAUGAUAUCAUCGACGACGCGGUGACCGCCGGCACCGGUGUUUUGGUCCACUGCAAGGCCGGUAUAUCCCGAUCGGCAACAAUUGUCAUCUCAUACCUGAUGCGAAAGCUCCAGAAGCCAUACGAAGAAGUCCGGCAGUUUGUGGCCUCCCAUCGGCCGACCAUUAGCCCUAACGAGGGGUUUAUCGAUCAGUUACGGGUGUUUGAGUCGAUGAUUGCCAAUUGUGAAUACCAUUGUACUCUUAUCUCUAAACUAUAA